AUCCUGGAAUUGCAAAUGUGAUCUGAAAUGACCAGAAGUGAUCCACGCCCAAUCCGCUAACCCCUCCAUCACACACACACACAACACACAUACACAUACGCGCAUAUGUACUGUAUCCCAUGCUUCUAGCUUCUGCUAUGUACGAAGUAUACGCGCUUCUGUCGAUUCAACCUUGGAACAGAAAACAAGUGUUCGAGGUUGCUGUGGUCUUCACCGCCUCAUCCAGUGAUGUAUGGCGUCAGAUCCUCAACUCCUCCUGUGUCAAUGCCUGUGUUUUCCGUCUCUAACCCGUCUACCAUGUAUCUAUCUGUAUAAGCCUGUGGGCGAUGGAGCAGAGAGAGCCCACAGCGUAAGGUUGAGACCUAAAUUUACUCCAGCUCUCUGGCGCCCAUCCCCAGUUACAAUUACAGAAACGAGUUACGCAAUGAUGCCGGAUGUUUCUCGUUGCCAACUUUUCGUAUCCCGCUGGCUUGAGACAAAUCUGUUCCAUGAGGACGGUCUCGCAUGGAAUGAAAGGGCUCUCGCGUGUCUCCACAACUCAGAGAGUUGGCAACUCUCUCAAGAUCUCGUCACUUUUGCUGUAUGCCUACCUAUCCACGUUCCGAUCCCUCUAAAAUUACGGUCCUCGCUAGAAAUCCUUCUUGGCGCUGGCGUUGGUCGUUGUUUUAUGAAUCUCGUUCGUCUGUCUCGAACAGCAUCUGAGAGAAAUCAAUCUUAUCGCGCCAUCUUCGUCCUCAUCCUGGCACGGACCCUUGUCGUCGCCCAGCCAGCCUCCCCUGAUGAAACCACGGCUGCUAUCCUUGCCGCAGAGCCUUCCCACGCAGCCACGCUAAAGGCAUGCUCCGUUCUUGUACCCACAGAACCUCCCUACAAUAGUCUAGCCAAAUCGGCCAGCAAACUUUUUGAGGUCUAUUCUAGAUUUCGAGUUGUCCAACGUCAGAAAAGCUCAACGGGGAUCUCUCCAGACCCUUCACACAUUUCACGUCAUCCCUAUUCCUUGUCGACUUUGUUUCCAACAUCGAAAUAUCUCUUGUCCGUGAGCCUCUCCACUCCAAUCUUAAUCUAUACCUCUUUCAUUUGCGGCUCCUUCUAAAGGUUAGCAAUCUCGAGAGAUCCAGACUGCAUUGCUACCUCACAUACUAGGUACCUGACUUCACAUACUGUUGCACUAGGCC